AAGCAGAGAAGAGGAGUAAUAAUAUUUGGAUGGGAAAUUAUAGGUUUAGGCUAUCGGAUAUGAUGCCCAAUGCCUGGUUUUACAAGCUCAAAGACAUCGGCACCAGGCGAAGGAAUCACAAAAAGCAGCCUUCUUCGUCCUCUUCUUCAGCCUCCCACACGCAGCCGCAGCCGCAGCCGCACCCAAGAAAGUCCCAUCAUUUCACCAGACAGCUGCAACUCGCCGACGAGCCCCCCGCCGAGCCACCCAGAAAAUCGUCCAGAUCAGCAAAGCCGAAGCGAAGACCCGCCGCCGUCGCCGCUCGGAACACUUCUUCCUCCGGCUGUAGCUGCGGCGGCCGUGCGGCGCUAGAUUCCGUGGCGGAACGCACAAGUGAUCAGUAUCCAUCUCCAUCUGAUGACGUCGAUGAUGCCGCCGCCAACGCCAUCGCUACUAAUAUUACUAAAACUUCACCCCAGAGACGAUCCAACGGCUCGGAUGGUGACCUGCUUCCCCCAAUCAUUACGAGAUCAUCGUCCACCGACGCCGCGGAUGGGUCCACGUGUCCCGCAAUUACAAAGAAGGACAAAUGUUUGGCGAGAGAUAGAGAGCCGAGGAGCAGCCCGUCGCGGCGGUUCACGGUGAAUUCUCCGGGGCCCAAGUUUCGGAUGAUAAUGAACUCUCCCAGAGUUUCGAGCAAGAGAUUUGGGCAGCCGGCCGCCGUGAGCCGCCGGAAAAGCGUGUCGAAGAGAAGUUUGACCGAUGGCAGCUUGGCAAUCGUGAAGUCAACGAGCGAUCCGCAGAGGGAUUUCAGAGAAUCGAUGGUGGAGAUGAUCGUUGAGAAUAAGAUCAGUGCGUCCAAUGAAUUGGAAGAUCUUCUUGCAUGCUAUCUUUCUCUCAACACGGAUGAAUAUCACGACAUCAUCAUCAAAGUUUUCAAGCAAAUCUGGUUCGACAUGUCGGAUUUUGGAGUCCAUUAGUUUCUUUUUCUGCAACUGCUACUACUGUGUAAUAAUCCAAAUAAAUUGAUUAAUAAAAUCACCAUCAUCUUCCUUUCCUCUUCA